GUACCAAAAAUGUGGUCCCAUCUGGCAUUUUUUAUAGUUUAUAUAGCCUAUGCCUCUUGUCAAGUUGUGCAACCACCAAGAGAAGAAAACUGCCUGCUUGAUGCAUCUGCAGGAUGUUUCUAUGCAAGGGAACCCCAGUACAUGAUUAUAGCUCCCAAGAAGAUCAGGUCUAAUCAGGUGUACCAGGUGUUUACAUCAAUCUUUCGCAUGGAUUAUAACCAGGAUUCUGUCCAGGUUUAUAUUUCCAUCAUCAAGGAUGGUCAGGAGUAUGCAAGCACAGGUCUGCGGUUUGACAGGCCGUCAAGUCGCAUCAUGCAACUGCAGAUGCCAACAAACUCUUCAGAAGGCAGAUACAAGCUGAGAGUUGAGGGCAAGAUUGAUUCAGAAGAUGGUGGGAACAUCUGGCAAAAUGAAACAGAUAUUGAAUUCAGCACCAAGCAGGCAUCCCUAUUUAUACAAAUGAGCCGGCCCAUUUAUAGACAGGGUCAGAGGGUUCACUUCCGAGUUGUUCCAAUUCUGCCAAACAUGAUGCCAAAGUAUGGGAGUAUGAUUAUCUACAUUGAUGACCCAUCUGGCAUACCUGUUAGAAGAUGGCAGGGAUUGCAGACCAAUGCUGGAGGCAUUAUAAGUCAGUACUUUGAUCUAUCUGAUCAACCCAACUUUGGAACCUGGAACAUCAGAGUAGAUGCUUUUGGCCAUAUUUACAGGCAUCCAUUCCGUGUUGAGGAUUUCUGGGAACCCAGAUUUGAUGUCAAUGUUUCCGUCCCACCAUAUGUCAUGGAAACCCCAGAUGUCAGGGUCAGAGGAGUUGUCCUCACCAAUCAUACAAGUGGCAGACCCUGUGUGGGUAACGCAUCCAUCACAGCUUUCUUCCGUCCACGAGAGGCAAUCUGGAAUCAAACUAAAGGCUGGGAGAAGCCAUAUCGAGAUGUUGGAGGUGUUAGGUCUGGAGUCCCUCUGGAUUUGCCACUGUACAAACCUGUCCGAGACAUACCAGUGAAAGAUUACUAUAUGUACUUCGCCUAUGAAUAUCGCUUCAUUCCAUAUUUUCAAGGUCGGAUAGACUUUGAGUGGACGCUGGAAGAGUUGCUGACCAUUGCUAAGAGAGGAGGAGAGUCAGCAUCCCUGGUGGACAGUGAAAUAGUCUUUUUUGUCAAUGUCACUGACUGGUAUUCUGGACUCAACCGCACGGGUUAUGCAGGAACGAUCAUGUUUAACUCAAAGUACAAGCUUGUUUGGGUCGGAGAUCAGAUUAGGACAUUUAAACCAUCAUCGAUCAUGAAAAUUCAAGUGGCUGUAACCAAAUACGACGGCACGCCAGUUGAAACUGGAGGAACAAUUACUAUAACUGAUAUCAUCACAGAUUCCGCAGGAGCUCAGAAACGACUCUCAGGUCCACAGACUCGAACCCCUGUCCGUGGCAUAGCUGAAUUUGAGUACAACUUGGAUUCAACAACCCAGAGUGUAUUAUUAACUGCGACAUUUAAUGAUGCCAGAAAGGCCUACAGCGGAAAUACUCCCAUCUACAUGGACCCAAGGUUUCAGGUUGGCACGACGCCACCCAUCACACUACAUGCCUGGAAGUACUACUCCCCAACAAAUUCCUUCAUUACUAUCUUGACCUCAACAGAUCACCCACAGGUGAAUGAAUACAUGAUUUUUCAUGUAAAAACCAGUUAUUUUGUUCCACGAAUUUACUAUCAGAUUGUUUCACAAAGUAACAUACUUAUUGGAGAUGAACUGGAAAUGACAUCAAUACAAAAAACCUUUGCUAUUGCGCUGUCCAGAGAAAUGGUGCCGAAUGCUCGGUUGGUGGUUUAUUUCAUUAGACAGCCAGAGGAGGUCGUCAUGGAUGUGUUGAAUUUCUUCGUCAAUGGCACUCGUCAAAAUCAGGUGAAGCUAGGCAUCAAUCGAGGCAAGGACUUCAGCCGUGAUACCAUUGAGUUUAAUGCAGAAGCAGAUCCUGGUUCCUACGUUGCUUUCAGUGUAAUGCUGCUUGAUCUUUACAGUCGAGGCAUGAGUGAUGGGAUCACAGAAAAUGAGCUGAUUGAUGAGUUGAUGACGUAUGACGCCACUACCAAUAGCUCCUACCGACACCUGUGGCGUAUCAGUGACACAGAGUACGAGUACAAAUUCUUUCAUGGACCUGAUUAUGGAAUUGAUGCCAACACUAGCUUUACCAGUGCUGGCUUGCUUGUUUUGACAGAUGCAAGAGUUCCUCGUUUAUUCAAUGAGCAGUUCUGCCGGGUCAACCAGAACGGUGCCUUCCCAUGUUUCACUGGCACAGAAGGCGAGUGUUUCACAGCGGAGCAGAGGUGCAACAAGGUUCUUGACUGCAAAAGUGAUGGUGCUGAUGAGUGGGGCUGUGUCUACGAUGAUAAUAGAGAGGUUCAAAACUCACCCAUUGACCGUGUCAGCCGAGUCAUGCGUUUCUAUGACAACAGUUCCUGGGGCUGGCAGGAAAUCUUUGUCAAACCUGAUGGACGUGUUGACUUCAGAGUGGAUGUGCCCAAAUAUCCUUUAUCCUGGGUCAUAAAUGGUCUUUCAGUCAGUCGGGAACUUGGGCUUGGAAUUAUGCAGAGGCCUGUCAGGGUGUCCGAACACUACAGACAUGAAACUAAUGCUGUAGAAUGUACUGUAAGUGUAACCUACAUUGCUUUGUUCGUACUGGUGACCAUGCAUGGCGGUCCUAACUACUUGUCCGUGACUGUCGGAAGCAUGGGUUACGUGACAUCCUAUACACCGCCCACACACACGGGUGACCACCAGACUAUUGUGUUUCUAGAGCCAGGUGAGUCGAAAGACAUUUACAUGCCGAUAGUGCCAGACAGGGACCUUGUGAUGGGCGAUUUGAACUUCCGGGUGUCAGCCACUUGUUUCAUGCAAAAGGAUGAAUAUCGCGGGACAAUGACAGUAAAGCCGGAUGGGGUCAUGAACUACUAUCAUACACCCUACCUCAUAGAUUUGAUUCGAUUCGGUUCUAUCCAAAUCCCACAAUUCGAUGUCCCAGUGCCUGAACAGUUCAGAAAGCUUGAGGUCCGAGAGAACUUGUAUGUGCCGCAAAGCCCUAACGCUGUGAUGUCACUUUUUGGAGAUGUUAUGACUCCGGGUUUCUUUGAAGAUUACCUCCAUGCAGAGAACAUCCUGUGGCGUCCGUAUGGAGGCGGGGAAAUGAUCACUUUCAACUUUGCGUACAACCUGUACGCUCUCAGAUUCAUGAAAGCCUCUCAGCAGCUAGACGAUGAACGACUGGUUAAAACACUCCGAGAGAUGAGCAUAGCUUUCCAGCGUAUGCUGGGUUACAUGAACCCUGAUGGCUCGUUCAGGAUGUUUAGAGAUGAUGUGCGACCAAGUCUCUGGCUAACUGCUUUUGUGGCUAAAAUAGUGAGUUAUGCAAACUUUGGAGAGUGGGAGCGUGAUUUAUUUAUGCCUCGAGAGUUGAUCAACAAAAUGGUUGUCUACAUUUGCUCUCGCCAAAAUAAAACCUCUGGGGCCUUCGAUCCAGCAGACAAUGAUGUUGCUUACGAUAGAAAAAUGACUUCCAUCACAAACCUCGUCAACGACAAACUUCGGCAUGACCCCAUUCCUCUUACAGCCUACGUUUUGAUUUCACUGUACAAAAUUACUGAUGUUUCAGAGGAAGCUGCGUUGUGUAUUGACACUGCCAGAAGGAAUGCUGCCAAUUACCUGUUCAACAAAAUUUCUACCAUUACUGACGACGAGAUGUUCCAGUUGGCUAUAUCUACAUAUGCUCUCUCUCUUGGACCCAGGAGAAGUCCUUUUGAGUUGUUGUGGGGCAAGCGCAGAAACGAUGUAAGCAUCCUUAUUUCCGACUUUGUGUACUUUGCUGAUAAAAAAGUGUACGAGAAUCCGUAUGAUUUCCUGAACAAUGUACGUUACCUCAAGGCUCGGCAGGAGUUGAUGAAUGAUGGGUAUGCUGUCCAGACCACAGCGUAUGCUUUUAUGGCCCACAUGAACAACAACAAGGCCCUCAAGUAUGAGAUGCAAAUGAUGAUGAGUUGGUUAAACACAAUGAGAAACACUAUUGGAGGAUUUGCAUCUACUCAGGAUACUAUUGUCGCCAUGGAGGCUUUGUUUGAGUUUACACAAAUAGAUCAACACCGGAACGUCUUUGACUUGAUCACAAGAGUAGAAUCCACGGCAACUCCAAACUGGCUUGCAGAGUUUCACCUGGAUAAGACUAAUUAUGUGACUCUCAAGAAGGCUCCGCUGCCAUACAACAGAGUUUGGGGAUUUACAGUUCCAAUGGCCCAGGGAACUGGACGAGGUCUGCUUCAGUUGACGACCACUGUGAACGUUGAGUAUCCUUGGCUGCUCAAGAAGCCCCAGCAUGUGAAUAAUGACCCAAAUGAGGAAGUCAUUAAAUUCUUCGACCUCUAUGUGGAUCUGCUGUCUUUCCGGGGCAGAAACGACACCAUCAUGGAAAUGACUACUUGCGUCAGCUGGCUGUAUCAGGAGAAGAGUUUGACCUCUGGACUCUCUGUUUUAGAAGUUGAAAUCCCCACUGGCUAUAUCGUUAUGAACGAUACACUUCGAGAUUAUGUCAGGUCAAGACUGGUCAACAAUCUGAGGCGGGCAGAAUUUUAUGAGAGAAAAGUUGUCUUCUAUUUUGAAUAUCUCGAUGCAAGCAAAACUUGUGUGUACUUCAGAGCUGACCGCUGGUUUCCAGUUGCAAAUUCCACAAUACAACACCGUAUGAGAGUGUAUGACUACUAUGAGCCAGGUAUGCACAACACAUCCAUGUACACCACAAGGAACCUGUUCCUGCUAAACAUUUGUUUUGUGUGCGGCUCCUACCAAUGCCCGUACUGCCCGUACUUCAAUGCUGCCACAAUCGCACAAGCUGGUAUUAGCAUUUGUUUCUUCCUGGUAUCCGUGUUUAUUGUUCAAAGGUUAUUACUUCGGAAUAGGUAG